AUGUCAACAGGCCCAGAACCCCCCUUCAAUAAACGCAAGAAACAGGUUCAAUUCUCUGCCAGUCCACUAAGUACUCGUAGCACAACAAAACCAACCCCAGUAAACCCCUUCGAUAGACAUAGGAAGCAGGAGUACUUUUACCCCGAUGAUUUCGGAACAUGGACAUCCGCAACAAAGCCAGAAGCUCUCCCCAAGGCUUCCUCAGAGUCUGCCAUCAACUCCCAAGUCGUACGGUUGAUGUCGUGGAACAUCGAUAUGUCUAUGGAUUUCUCGGAGGAAAGAAUGAGAGCUGCGCUCCAAUAUCUUGAUGACAUUACGUCUUCCACGUCAACAGACAUUCCAAUCGUCAUCUUCCUGCAGGAAAUGACAACAUCUGAUAUGAAGCUGAUCAAAGCCUCGACGUGGAUAUAUGACCGCUUCUUCAUAACAGACAUCGAUAACAGCAACUGGUCGGGUUCGUUCUACGGCACCACCAUGCUCAUAGACCAGCGUUUAAAAGUCAAACACGUGUUCCGCGUGCCAUGGAUCAGCGAGUACAGCAGAGACGGCCUCUUCGCCGACAUUGCCAUUUCCUCCAGAGAUGCUUCGGAUUCAGAAGAAAAGGUCCUCAGAAUCUGUAACACGCAUCUUGACUCACUAGCGGCAAGCCCGCCAGUCCGUCCCCGUCAACUCUCAACCGCGGCUACACUCCUUCAAGACUCCAGCGUCGCUUGUGCCCUUCUAGCAGGCGACCUUAACGCCAUUCAGCCUUUCGAUCGCACACUGCAUAGCGAAAAUGAACUGAAAGAUGCGUACCUUGAACUUGGCGGUGAAGAAGAUGGGGAUGAGGCGUAUACCUGGGGUUACCAAUAUGCCAUGGGCGCGGAAAACAUGAGGAGAUUCCCGUGUUGCAGAAUGGAUAAAAUUUUAUUCCGAGGUCAUGUCCAACCAAAGGGGUUUCAGAGGAUUGGGAUCGGUGCUACGGUUGCGGAAGACAGGAAGGAAGAGAUGAGAGAAGUUGGGCAGGCGGCAUGGGUUACGGAUCACUAUGGUGUGAUGGGGGACUUUGAAUUGGCUGAGGGCUGGUCGCUGCAAAGUAGGGUCGAGAGUGGUGAUUCGGCAGCGUCGAAGCCCACCUGA